ACUGCUGUUUGCAGUAUGUCGAAGGAAGACGGACAGUCGGGCACAGCCACAGCUUAACUACACAGCUAAAUGAUUAGUUAACAUGCCAGUGUGCUAGGUUAAAAUAUCCAGUUCUUGUAACGACAUCGCGGAUACCGUCGCGACUUGUUUCUGCGUGUUUUGGAAGUGUUUGAACUUCCCUCACAUUCUCGCCACCGUAUUUUCGCGAAGGGAGGCGGCGGUGGAGCGCUCGGCAGCCAUCUUUGGACCUGCCUGGGAGUGGGAUUCGACUAUUCUGGCACCCCAGUUACUUCGAGGGUGGGGAUUUUAACCUACAGUAAUUCACAAAUCUGCGUGUUUUAACCGACUGACAGCGUCAAGAAUCACCAGGAUUCAGCGGAGGAAGUCACCGCGCCGGGGAUGAAACAGGAAGAAGACUUUUAUAAUCCCAAACUGUUUUGAAUUACACGACACUCUCGACAGUGCUGAAACCUGGCCUGUCAGGAGACGUUCUGAACACAUAUGAGACCACUGUCCUGCAGAUGAGCCAUCGGUGGGGGCUUUCAAGUCGCUGUCGCAGACCCAGAUAGUUCCUGGCGGCAGCGGCAUUGCCCCCCAUCUCCCCAGUAUGCCCACCAGCAGUCGGGCGGGGAGCCUGAAGGACCCCGAAAUUGCUGAGCUCUUCUUCAAGGAAGACCCAGAGAAGCUCUACUCAGAUCUUCGUGAGAUCGGACAUGGCAGCUUUGGUGCUGUAUAUUUUGCACAGGAUGUGCGGACAAAUGAGGUGGUGGCCAUCAAGAAGAUGUCUUACAGUGGAAAGCAGUCCACUGAGAAAUGGCAAGACAUCAUCAAGGAGGUGAAAUUCCUGCAGAGGAUACAACAUCCAAACAGCAUAGAGUACAAAGGAUGUUACCUGCGAGAGCACACUGCUUGGCUGGUAAUGGAGUACUGUCUGGGCUCUGCUUCAGAUUUGUUAGAAGUUCACAAGAAACCUCUGCAAGAAGUGGAAAUAGCUGCAAUUACCCAUGGUGCUCUUCAGGGGUUGGCUUACCUUCACUCCCACAACAUGAUUCACCGAGAUAUCAAGGCAGGAAACGUCUUGCUGACAGAGCCAGGGCAGGUAAAACUAGCAGAUUUUGGUUCCGCCUCCAUCGCCUGUCCCGCCAACUCCUUUGUUGGGACUCCAUAUUGGAUGGCCCCAGAAGUCAUUUUAGCCAUGGAUGAGGGCCAGUAUGAUGGAAAGGUGGACAUUUGGUCUUUGGGAAUAACCUGCAUUGAAUUAGCUGAGAGGAAGCCUCCACUGUUCAACAUGAAUGCAAUGAGUGCCUUAUACCAUAUAGCACAGAAUGAGAGCCCCACGCUGCAGUCCAGUGAAUGGACGGACUAUUUCCGAAACUUUGUAGAUUCUUGCCUUCAGAAAAUUCCCCAGGACAGGCCAAACUCUGAGGAGCUCUUAAAGCAUGCAUUUGUCCAACGUGAGCGACCGGAGUCAGUUCUUAUAGACCUGAUAAGUCGGACUAAGGAUGCAGUGCGGGAGCUUGACAAUCUGCAGUAUCGCAAGAUGAAGAAGAUCUUGUUUCAGGAAGCCCACAACGGCCCCACAACAGAGGCACAAGAUGAAGAGGAGGAGCCAGAACACAGUGUGGGUAGGACGGGUACAGUGAAUAGCGUGGGGAGCAACCAAUCCAUACCCAGUAUGUCAAUCAGUGCCAGUUCCCAGAGCAGCUCCGUCAACAGUCUAACAGAUGCAGGCGAUGACAAAAGCGAGGUGGACAUGGAGGGAGACCACACAGUCAUGUCCAAUAGCUCUGUGAUACACCUCAAACCAGAGGAAGAGACAUAUAAUAAAGAGACAGAGCCUAACACCCGACCAACUGAGCCACAGUCUCCGCCUGCACACACUCCACGGCCAAAACGGAACCGCGAACACUUUGCUACUAUACGCACAGCCUCAGUGCUCACUCGCCAGAUUAAGGAGCACGAGCAGGAUUCGGAGUUAAGAGAGCAAAUAUUAGGCUACAAACGCAUGAGGCGACAGCACCAGAAGCAGCUGAUGGCUCUGGAAAACAAGCUGAAGGCUGAGAUGGAUGAGCACAGACUUCGCCUGGACAAGGAGCUGGAGAACCAGAGGAACAGCUUUGCCCAGGAGAUGGAGAAAUUGAUCAAGAAGCACCAGGGGUCCAUGGAGAAAGAUGCAAAAACCUUUACCAAUGACGAAAAGAAGUUCCAGCAUCAUAUUCAGAGUCAGCAGAAGAAGGAGCUCAGUAGCUUCCUGGAGUCCCAGAAACGGGAAUACAAACUUCGGAAGGAACAACUCAAAGAGGAGUUGAAUGAAAACCAGUCAACACCCAAGAAAGAAAAGCAGGAGUGGUUGUCCAAGCAGAAGGAGAACUUCCAACACUUCCAAGCAGAGGAAGAGGCCAACUUACAGCGCAGACAGAGGCAGUAUCUGGAGCUGGAGUGCCGCAGGUUCAAACGGAGGAUCUUGAUUGCUCGCCACAAUAUUGAACAGGACUUAGUGCGUGAGGAGCUAAACAAGCGUCAGACCCAGAAGGACUUGGAACAUGCCAUGCUUCUCCGGCACCAUGAGUCCAUGCAAGAACUGGAGUUCCGCCAGCUCAACACCAUCCAAAAGACGAGGGCUGAGCUCAUCCGCCUGCAGCACCAGACGGAGCUCACCAAUCAGCAGGAGUACAACAAGAGGAGGGAGAGGGAACUUCGACGCAAACACGUUAUGGAAGUUCGCCAGCAGCCCAAGAGCCUCAAGUCCAAAGAGCUACAGAUCAAGAAGCAGUUCCAGGACACAUGUAAGAUCCAGACAAGGCAGUACAAAGCACUGAGGAACCAUCUGUUGGAGACCACACCAAAGUCAGAGCACAAGGCUGUCCUUAAACGGCUGAAGCAGGAGCAGCACCGCAAACUUGCCAUCUUGGCAGAGCAGUAUGACCACUCCAUCAAUGAGAUGCUUUCCACACAGGCGCUCCGUCUGGAUGAGACUCAGGAGGCUCAGUGCCAAGGCCUACGAAUGCAACUACAGCAGGAGCUGGAGCUUCUCAACGCCUACCAGAGCAAGAUCAAGAUGCAGACAGAUGCCCAGCACGACCGUGAGAGGAAGGACCUGGAGCAGAGGGUUUCACUCCGAAGGGCCCUGCUGGAACAGAAGAUUGAGGAGGAGAUGAUGUCCUUGCAAAAUGAACGCUUAGAGCGAAUCCGCAGCCUGCUGGAACGUCAAGCCCGAGAGGUCGAGGCUUUUGACUCAGAGAGCAUGCGCCUGGGUUUCAGCAACAUGGUGCUAUCAAACAUCUCCCCAGAUGCCCACAACAAUAGCUUUCCGGGGGCUCCAGCAAGUUGGAGUCACCAUCAGCAGCAGCACCCACCUGGGGGCUCUCAAGGGUCACACUGGGGCAGUGGCGGUUCGAGCACAGGGUCAAGCCACCACGGCAGCCAUCACCACUAUCACUCCAGCCCGGGAGGGGCACCUAUGCAGCAAGGCUGGGGGCAGGGAGGAGGGGCUCCAUCACCGUGGGGCCACCCAUCAGCAGGAUCCCUGGUCUCCCGCAGCAGCGGAGGUGUACAAAACAGCCCCCAAGCAAUGGGAAGGACACCCCCAGGAGGGCGCAGUGAGCAGAGCAUGAGCAGGAGUACCAGUGUCACCUCUCAGAUAUCUAACGGGUCCCACCUUUCCUACACAUAGAUCCCCUGUCAGCCCUGGAGUCCGAAUUUGAGCGUGGAGAUGUAGAAUUCAACAGCAGAACGGAGCAUUGGCUGAGCUCUGCUGCUCUGUUUCCUCUCUGCGACCCCCCACCCCCCACCCCCACCCCCCGUCUCUCCCGUGUACAGAUGUGGAUGUGCGAUGACAUAAAUGUUGCUCAGGUCAAAAGGGCUGGAAGAGACGCAGACCGUCCUCACGGCAGUUUAUCGGCACACAUACAGAUCCUUAAAUUUAUGUUACAUAAGCAAUUUGAGUGUCAACACAUAUUACUCCCAUUUGUUUUUAUUUACAGCUCUCUCCUGGGGAAUUUUUAAGAUAUAUGUUUUUGUGCUAUUCACAGCCAUUGCUCUCAUUUUGCACAUGAAACACUGUUAAAAAAGCCUUUGACACGUGUUAGCUAUGUCCUUAGAAAUGUGGUAUCAAACAAUCACAGUAAGAGGGGACACCCUUCUUUCACUCUCCUAAUUCAUAUUCAGUUAUACACUGGUCGACUCUGACGGUGGUUAAAAACUCAGCGGACCUAACUAAAGAGGCUUUGCUGAUGUGAUACCAGCCUGCUGUAAUGGUCAUUGUGAUAAAUUUCACUCCUCCUUUUUUAUUUAAUUGUUUUACUUCUCCUGAUUUCCUGCUCAUCAGCCAAAACUUUACAAAUUCAGAGCCAAAUAGACUAACGUUCAGGCUUAUGCUACAACACUACUACAGUGCCUUUUAAUCUUUGAUUAUGAAAACUGGUCUCAGAUGUUUAUAGUUUAAUAUUUUAAAUCUCAUCAUCAGCUUAUAAUCAGUGCCAGCGCAUGUUAAGUUUGAUUUUAGCUUCAGAGGUUCCACACACUUCUCUCAGAUCAGUAUAUUCACUGUGUAUGCAGUAAAGUGGGUUUAAGUCUUAUAAAUGGUGAGGAAUAGACUUGUGUUUAUCUGUAACUAUAUUUUUAGGUCUAUAAGAUCUGGAGAGGUGGUACUCUAGGGGUGGGGUUAGAAACCCCCGUGUUACAGAGUAUGACAUUGUAUACAUUUACAGGAGGAGCUGCGAGGGGGAAAGGAGACUCAUUUGCCUUCAGAAACAAUCCUAGUAUUUACCUGUUGAUUUUUAUUAGUGCCUUUUUAAACUGCUGCCUUUUUCAAAGCACUUUAUACAGCGGAAUAUGUGUAAAAUUAAUAUUUGACUUCUUUUUCGCAAAGCACCUGGUGGAUGAGUGUUUCGUCGGUACGUAUGUAGUUAAGUUGAGGAGCUAACUCGUGCUGUGAUUUUAGGAGCAAUUUCCCAAGUACAGACAAGACAGAGACGUGCAGUGUGAGUGAAAGCAUCCCCCCCCUUCCUUCUGUAUCUUUUACAGUGUUUUGAAACUGUAGCUGUUGUUGUUAUUAUCUCCUCUGUGUGUUUAUGCAGAGUUUUGAUUGACUACAGGGCGUGAGGAUGCUGCAGGCUUUUUAGACAUGUUUUCAGUUUCUGUAAAACAACUGAAGAGAGUCCAUUAUGUGCAGGCAGAAAGCUUUAGGUUAUUGUCAUGACCAUGACAGCAGGCUCGGCACUAAGAAACUACAACACUGUUAAGAAAUGUUGGGGCCCAGUUUAGUGACACUAAAAAAUUAAAAAGGUGCUAAGUUAUAAAUGUUACACCAUCUCGUCAGAACCCCGAAGAAAGGGUGACUGAAUCAAGCACAUGCUCGCAUGAUAACAUUGUAUCAUAUACAUCGAGUCAAUGCACACUCUGUGAAAGCAGCCAAAUCCAAAAUAAAUGUGGCAAAAAGCACUUAGGUAUUCCUUUAAUAGCUCUAGCAGUUCCUCUAAUAAUAUCUGUCUGUGCUCGCUCCCUUCUCUCUGGUUUGUGGUUGAAAUAUCACUGGAGAAGUCAGUGCCCUUAAACCUUUUAACAGCCUCUCUUCUCAAGUUACAUUUCCACACAGAGUUUGAAACAUUUUGUUGAAAAGGCCAUUAAGGAUAAUGAUCCAGAGAUAUUAAGGAUGCUCGGUCCUUUUGAAUCACAAAGCUGGAGUUAAAUGUUCAUAUGUGUAUAUUUUAUUAAAGAAAAACACUUAAAAACUAAACUCACAUUUUAAGGAAAUAAUUUCUAAAACUAACUUUAUUUAACUGACAGACCACACUGAUAUUAGCCAACCUUUCAUUAUCUGGACGUAGCUCAAUGGAGGAUAUUCUCGGUUUUGUGCACACAGACAGAAUGCUUCGUACACACGUAUUUGCCGUCAUUUCCUUUUAAAUGCCACUUCUUUAGUCAAACGGUCGUCUCUGAGCAUUAUCACUGCAGAGUUUGCUCUCCCUCGCCGCACGUUUGAUCAUUUGUCCCCGUUCCACUCUGAUUCGGAGCCACCGUGUUUCAGAUGCUGGCUCUCUCUGAAUGUCAUACUGUGAUAUAUUCCUAUCACAUUUGAGGACACAAAAAUGCUGGGGUCUUUUUCUUAAAUAGGUGGGAUGUUAAUUUUCCACAUGUAUAUAUCCUAUCCUUGAAAGUAUGCAUUAUAUCAAGUUACACAUGGUUUGGUCCCAAAACUCUUAGUUUUUUAAAAUGCCGAAUGACUCGUUCCAGCUACUGUAACACAGCAGGUUAUAUUCAUCAUUUCUUUUCUGAUUUAUUGAUAUUUGGUAGAGAAAAGGGGAAUGUAUUUAUCGGAAUCUUACCUUAAGUCAAAAGCCAAGGCCAAGAGUUUGAAUGUUGGGCCAAUGGAACCUCACAUACAUGCCAACCUUAAGUUUGUAUGCACAACUUUUGUUCAACUUUCAUGUCAAUGUUGUAUGUGAGGGAGUCUGGAAAUUGUUGUCAAUCAUUGUCGGUCACAAGAUCUCUCCACAAACCUGGAUUUUAUUUUGUAUUUGAAUUACUAUUUUUUUUUUUUUUUUUUUUUUUUUUUUUUUU